AUGUCCAUCGACGCCCUCCCCAUCCUCAUCCAGGCCGACGAAGUCGCCAAACCGCACCAACCCCCGCCGCCAGACACAACGACAGCCGUCUUUUCGGCCUCCCACGUGUACGCCAAGGUCCUAGCGAUUGGGCGUGUUGUCCAGCUGCAAAUGGCGGUGGAACACGCCCUGGUGGAUGACUACGGAGAGGAGCCUGCACUGGUGGCGACGUACGAGGGCCUCAUAACCCUCCCCAUCCGCGGGCCGAUAAUUGGAGUGAGACGGCAGGACAAGCAGGAGGUCGAGUUCAUGGUUAGAAACGACUUCCCUGACGCCCAAAUAUCCCUUGCCCACCUCCGAGUUCCCCGCGAGGCAGAGCGCCCGGCACGGGAGGCUUUCGCAAGAGAGCUCGCUAGUCGCCUGGAGCAGCUCGCUGCAGGCAGCAAGGACGGAGACGCCAAACCCGCCACCGGCGAACUCGGGGACGACGCGCCCACGGCAUACGCCGGGCCAAGCUCCCGCCGAGCGCGCGAGCUCGUGGACUGGAACCCCGACACCCUCCGCACAGCCCCGUAG